AUGGAGGCAAUCUUAGCAAAGGUCACCCAGCAGGCUAUGAGCUAUGCUAUCCGAAGCGGCAUAGCAAUCACCAGUCACUAUGCACUCAAGCAAUGCGGCCGACUGAUGAAGACGGUCGAUGGUCGAGAAAAGCAGGAACUCGCUACUCUGCAGUUGAGACUCGACUCCAAGAUCAAGAUUAUCUCACCAGCAAUCGACAUGAUCGAACUGAUUGCGGCACGCGGAAACACCUCGCUUGAGUCCGCAGUGGGUCUUACCAAAUCUCUUCGGUGGGACAUCCAGACCUUAGGGAGUCGUGUCGAGAAGGCUGUCGCUGAAGAGCAACUUGCGAGAAGAGGCAGCUCUAAAGCAAAAUCACGAGAUCAAAACGAUACCGAGCUCAAGAUCAUCAUCGAAGAGAUGAAGAGGCUGCUGGAGCGGAUUGAAGACGCGGUGCCGCUGAUAAAUUUGGCAAUCACCACAUCUGGUACCAGUCUCUCAACUACGCUCCCGGCUACUGUAUCUCCAUCACGACUUUUACAAGCUAGCACCUUUCUCACUUCUGGCGACAUGCAAUAUUGCGCAUCGAAGCCUAGAGCUCAGCAAAUUGGUCCCACCUUCACACUCUCUAUGUACAUGUUGUUCGCUGGAUACGCGCAUCGAGCUCAUGAAGAAGACGUGCGAGAGACAACAUGGAAGGAGGUCAUGCAUAAGGCGCGUGUUACACUGAUGCGAGUUCCACUGGACAAUGUCUAUGACUAUCCGACGCCUUUUGGGCAGGACAGUCGACGCGCCGACGAGGCUAAACACCCUCACAUCCCAUCCGACAGCGUACUGCAAGAGUUCGCUUACCAGCUGCUCAUCGUUGAAGACUUGGACGACGGCCGUAUGCAUGAGUUUGAAGAUGACGAACCCCAGCCAGGACCAUAUGAUGGUGUCGAGCAAGCGGGCGUUCGUGAGAUCAUACCCAUACAUGAAGUGUCAAAGAUCUUCUACGCCGACACGGGCAAGAUACUGAACAUCGGUUCCGACAAUGAAAGCAACAACCCUAUCUUGUUACUGAAGCGAGACGUCAAUGCAGCACCGCCACGCCGCAUGAUGGAGCGCGAUGCCGAGGAACCCGGCUAUGAGUCGGACGACUCACAUACCGUUGCUGAAGAUGAGGAAGACCCAGAGCAAACAGAGUUGGAAGAGCAACUGCGACGCGAGUCGACACCGCACCUUGAAGAGCCCCCUCCGCAGAACACCGGUCCGCAAGAGCCCGAACAGCCUUCAUACCCCUGGCGAUUACCUCCCACGCUGGACCUGGAGUGGAUGGCCUUCGAAGUAUACACCGAAGACCCCACCACCGACUCCGAGAUCGACGAAACAGAGGACCUCACUGAAGACGUUUCUCCCCCAUCCCCAGCAGCCACACCCACACCACCCGACUUCCUCGGCCGCUUCUCCAACCUCAAUCUCCGGCCUAGCACACCCACCUCUCCACAACCGAAUUCCAGCAACCAGAUGAUUCCCUCGCCGCAGAAGGCUUCUGCGCCCACACCACAAUACCAGCAACAAGCCCCUACAUCUCUCCCUGCUAUCAAGACGUCGCUUUCACUUCUGGAAAUGUUGAUUCGCUUGACUGCUCUCCAGCAAUUCCAGCAAUCUUCCCACCUCGCCAUUCCAGAUGAGUUCCUCAACUUCUUCCUCUCGGAUAGCAGUACAGUAGGUGCCGGUGGCGAUUCGGAAAUGCGGCGACGGGUGAGGAGAGAAGCGAGGAUGAGAGUAGGCUUCGAUCCCUACGACGAGAGUCCGAUCAAGAGGAGAGGAGAAGAAUACCUAGAGCAUGAAUUACACGAACACGGGCAUGACCAGGUACACGACCACGAUCGCGACGGGUGGACAGAUACGCCUACUGCGAACGACGGUAGGGGUUACGAUUACGAUAGCUAUCCCAUCGGUCAGCGCGGUUCCUCACCAUACUCGCGCGCGCGGGGUAGUACACCAACCGUGUCCAAUUCUACGCCUAUGCCUUCUUCUGGCCAUCGUUCGAAUUCCUCCGCCGAGUUCUCACACACGGCAAGGCAUAGUCUGGGUAACGUCUCCUCGCCAAGUCCUCUCCUCAGACGAGCAACCACACAACCGGGUCAACAUCUCAACCGGAUGAAGCAGCCCAACUUCUCGCGGAGGUCAAGCAAUAACACAGCGUUACCACGGACGGGGAGUGCGCCGCCUGAUACGCCGCCUAGUAGCGUGGCGAGACCGAAUUAA